CUUCUAGAUGUCCUCGAUCGAACAGGCACAAACAACACAGCUAAAUUCAAUUCACUCGUUAGCUUCUUCCAAUUCGCAACCCUAACAAAAGCCCUAAUCUACGAAAUUUGCCGAAUUGUUGAAGAGAAUGGAGUUUGACGAAUACGAGUAUCUGGAGAAGACGGUUGAGGAAGGGGAUGAGUUGAAUAGGAAGAAGGAAGAGAGUGGGAACGAGAAGAGCGAGAGGAGCUACAGAAAGAGAGAAGAAGGAGAGAGGCAUGACGAAGAAGACGGUGAUAAAGAGCGAGGUAUCAGUCGGAGUAAGAAGUCUCGUGGAGACGGCGAAGAGAACGGUAAGAGGGCUCGGGAGAAAGAGAGGCAUAGGAGCAGCAGAGACAAGGAGAGAGAGAGGGAUAAGGUUAGAGAAGGAUCGAGAGAUAAAGAGAGCGAUCGUGAGAGGAGUAGCAAGGAGAGAGAUAGGAGCGAGAGGGAUAAAACCCGAGACAGAGAGAGAAGAGAAAGGGAGAAGGAGAGAGAGAAGAGGGAGAGGGAGAGAAGGAGCAGCAGUAGAUAUCGGAAGGAAGAGAGGGAACGUGAAGUAGUGGAAAGAGGAAGCAGGAGACACAAGGACAAGAAAGAUGAGCCUGAAGCAGAUCCAGAGAGAGACCAAAGAACUGUUUUUGCUUAUCAGAUGCCUCUAAAAGCUACGGAGAGAGAUGUUUAUGAGUUCUUCUCCAAAGCGGGCAAGGUGAGGGAUGUGCGAUUGAUCAUGGACAGAAAUUCAAGAAGAUCAAAAGGAGUCGGGUAUAUUGAGUUUUAUGAUGUGAUGGCUGUUCCAAUGGCCAUAGCUCUUUCUGGACAACCAUUUCUUGGACAACCUGUGAUGGUUAAGCCUUCCGAAGCUGAAAAGAAUCUGGCGCAAUCUAACGCUACUACGGGUGGUGGUACUGGCCCUGCAGAUAGGAAACUGUAUGUGGGGAACUUGCAUUUCAACAUGGCAGAGUUGCAGCUUAGACAGAUUUUUGAGGCGUUUGGUCCUGUUGAGCUUGUUCAGCUACCACUUGACCCUGAAACUGGGCAGUGCAAAGGUUUCGGAUUUAUUCAGUUUGCCCAACUUGAACAUUCAAAGGCAGCUCAAAUUGCCUUAAAUGGAAAGCUGGAGAUUGCUGGUAGGACAAUUAAGGUUUCCUCGGUGUCUGAUCAUGUUGGUACACAAGAUGCUGCUCCAAAAUCUGCUGAUUUUGAUGAUGAUGAUGGAGGUGGACUAGCUUUAAAUGCACAAUCGAGGGCUCUGCUUAUGCAGAAGCUGGAUCGUUCAGGUAUUGCAGCAAGCAUUGUGGGCCCUCUUGGAAUACCAGCGCUUAAUGGAACAGCUCUUAAUCAACCAGGCAUGAUUCCUAGUUUUCCAACAUCAGUGCUUCCAACAAUAGCGAUCCCUUCUUUUGUCACUGAGCAUAUUGGUGAGCCAAGUGAAUGUAUACUACUGAAGAACAUGUUCGACCCUGCAACCGAGACUGAACCGGACUUUGAUCUUGAUAUUAAACAAGACGUUGAGGAUGAAUGCUCAAAGUAUGGGAGAGUCAACCAUAUUUAUGUAGACAAGAACAGUGCUGGUUUGGUUUAUCUGCGGUUUGAAUCAGUGGAAGACGCAGCAGCAGUUCAAAGAGCGAUGCACACGAGAUGGUUUGCACAAAAGAUGAUAUCUGCAACUUUCAUGCCUCCAGAAGAAUAUGAAGCCAAAGCCAAGGCCUGAUUUGAAGGCAUAUGUCUCCUUCCGUAGAUUUUCUUGUUCUGACUUGGUAUAAACCGAAACCGCGAACAGCUAUCCAGAUUUAAUCUCUUGUCUGAAAUUAUGUUAUAUAGAUCAAAAGAUUAUGGGGACGUUCCUUUUUGUUUUGUUUGUUCUCGUUGGUUGUAACUUUCCCAUAUAUUGGAUGGUAGAAAUGUUUUCAGUUUUUUUUUUUUUUUUACUUUCUUAUGUUUGUUUACACAUGAUAAACCAUAUCGAAGGUGCACACAAAUAAUUUCA